UUUUUUUGCCAUUGUGAUCCACAAGUUCUUGCUGAUGAUGAUUAAAGAGUGUGGAGGUCAAAAGUUAUUUCUCAGGAGAUUUGAAAAUGAUCGUUUCAAGAUCAGCACAGGUCCCUGCUGUUGCUGUUGCCUUUGCCUCCCUUAUGUACACAUCACUAGACGAACCCUGUUUCUGCUGAAGUUGGGGACCUUUCAGCUUGCUUUCCUUCGACCUGUGCUAAUGUUUCUGUCAAUAGUGCUUUGGACCAAUGGAAACUACAGCGUUUAUGAUUUAACCCCUAAUGGAGCUGCAAUAUGGAUUAACUGCUUUGUUGGUGUCCUUACAAUCAUUGCUCUGUGGCCAAUUGGAAUCAUGUUUCAACAAGUUCGAGUUCUUCUUAACUGUAAGAAGAUCAUCCCUAAGUUUGCACUUUAUGAGUUUGUCCUCAUUCUGAGCCAACUCCAGGGAGCCAUCAUCAAUAUCCUGGCUCUGCAAGGAAUUAUUCCCUGUGCACCACCUCUGGCUUCUUUCGCAAGAGGAGCGUAUAUGAACCAACAGCUUCUCAUAAUGGAAAUGUUUCUGAUAACACUGAUCUCAAGGGUGGUGUAUAGGAAAAGAUAUGAUGAUCUGGAACUUCCAGGGUGCACUGACCAGGAAACUAGCGACAACAAACAGAACACCAAGAUCAAUCUAAAUGGCAAAGUUAUUGAAGAUGGAACCCACAAUGUUUAGAAGAUGGAUGGAUGUGCUGUCUUGUGAGAGCUGGGACAAUACUUGUAGCCCAACUCAGCUUGCCCAUGGCAAGAUCCUGACUAAUGUAUAUGCUUUACUUGAGGAGACGUCCAUUGCAACUUUUAUAUCCUUAUACUGCAAACACCAGAUAUUCAAACAGGAACAGCUUCUGGUAUAAAUUCAUGUGACCUGGACAGAAAGGUCCAAAAAGUGGGAGGAUAAACCUCCUUAUUUUCAGAGAGAUAUACACAGAGUGAGAGAUUUCAGUGUCCAUAUAAUUUCAUGCAGUUGUCAGACAGUUUGGGUCCCAUCAGCUUGUUUGAACCCUGCAGUGUAAAUGUGAAGUGAUAUAAUACUGUAUUGCACACAUUGCAGUGUUUAUACAAUGCAGCAACACUGGAGACUCACUCUCUUUUUUGUUUUUUCCUCAGUUCAUGUAGCCACCUCUGUGUUUGGAGCUCGCUCCCUGGUCCAACACCUCAGGUGCCCACCCUCUCUUUAUUCAAAUCCCUCUUCAAAACUCUCACUCUUCUCACCAAGCCCGAAACAGCUAACAUACCUCAGUAAAUAUAUCCUCUCAAACCCCACCACAUCCUGCAUGCAAUAUCCACCUCAACAGAUGAUAAGCUCUUUGGGUGAGGGCUGUCACUUUUUCCUGUCUUUUUUUUAUACCAGUGAUCCUCAAUCUUUCCAAAAAAGCAACAGAGGGUCUGUUAGUCUUAAAGGUGCCACAGGACCCUCUGUUGCUUUUCACAGAUUCAGACUAACACGGCUACCCCUCUGAUACUUCAAUCUUUCCAGACUACUGUACCCCUUUCAGGAGUCUGAUUUGUCUUGCAUAUCCCAAGUUUCAUCUCACUUAAAAUUAUUUGCUUGCGAUACUAGACAUACAAAUACAGAAGUGUAACAGCACACUAUUACUGAAAAAUUGCUUACUUUCUCAUUUGUCUGUAUAAAAUUUAAGUUUGGACUGACCUUGCUAUUGCUUUUUAUGUAGCCAGUUGUAAAACUAGGCAAAUACCUGGAUGAUUUGAUGUACCCCUUGCAAAACCUCUGUGUACCCUCAGGGGUCAGCAUGUCCCUGGUUGAGAACCACUGUUUUAUACCAGUAAGCACACAGUAACCAUUCAUGACUAUUUAAUAAUAGCUACCAAUAGUCCUCCCCAUGGGAGGCAGUGUGAUCCAAUGGAUCAGGCAUGGGACUGGGAGGCAGGAGAGGUGGGUUAUGUUCUGUGCUCUGCCACUGACCGGCUGUGCCUUAGUGUCCCCAUCUGUAAAAUGGGGAUAAUGAUACUUAACUAUCUUUGUGAAGCGCUUUGAGAUAAUGUAUACAAUUUUUUUCUAUAAGGCUAAGUAUUUUUAUUAAAAGGAAUCAUUUUCAAAGAAUUGCUCCCCUCUCGCCCCCCAAUCCUGAGCCAUCCUGAAGCCCACUAGGGACAGGGGUUCUCAAACUUGUUUUGCUGGGCCCCCCUUUGAAAAUAUUUCAAGCUCUGAUGUCCCUCCCCCCCAUACCAUGCCACCCUUAUUUCUGCACUGCUGCUUACUUCAGAGCAAGGCACCUUGCCGUUCAGAUGCCACCCUCAUGACCGACCACAAUAGUCUUGUGACCCCCUUUUUGGGUCGGGACCCCCAGUUUAAGAAACACUGCACUAAUACUUAGACUGUUUUUAGACUUGUUGGUACAAAUACUGCCAUCAUUGACACCCAUUGGUUAGCCUCAUUUCAAUGAAUUUCCAUCUAUUUUAAGGGGUCCCUGGAAAUCCAGUGUUCUUGGAGGAGGCUAAUUGUUCCAUUUUGGUUCGAUAUAACUUCGAUGUAAUGUUUAGUAAGCUGUCAGGAGUUGAGUGUGUUCUGGCUUCUCUAG